GCAGUGUUUUGAAACACGACGUCAGGUAUCUACGUCACCGCUUAGAGUGAGGAGAAGAGGUUUCGAUUGAUACAGAAAUGGAAACAUUGCUUCAUUCGCACAAAUACAUGUUAGUUUACUAACAUCGUGCAUUGCGAUUACAGCGGAUAAACAAUCUUCGACGAUUGCAGGGCAUCAGUGAGUACAAGAAGAAAUUUAAAGACCGGGUAGCGCGCUCCAGAAGCGCCUCUCCUCAGCGACGGAUGCGCUUAGCUGGACUUCGAUCUGACCAGAUGGGUAUCAGUAGAGAGCCUCAGUUUCUGUCCAAGAGGAAGGUGCCCUCCUCCCACACGCCCCAGGUGUCCAGCUCCUUCCAAUGGAACCCCACCACCACAGAGCCCCCACAGAGACGGGAUGAGACCCCCAGACCUGGUACCUCUCCCCUGGCUCCUACCCCAGAGAGAGUCCACACCCCUCUGGCCCCUAGGGGUCCCCCUUCUCCAGGGGACCCUCAACGAGGCCCGACCACUCUUCAGGGCCAGACUCACACCCGGAGCCCCCUGGCUACUGUAGAGAGAAAGGACCAAGUUUUCAAUGGGGUUGACCAUGUGUUGAGGAGGAAGGCAGGGCUGAAGUCGUCUGGACAGAGGACUGCACUACAGAACUCAGAGUACAGGAAACAGUUUCCGUGGAAGACACCUGUAGCUGGCCACGCCUCCCCACUGCUGGCUGCAGAACAGAUGCUGUACACCAGCCACCGGUCCAUCCCUCCCUUCAAAUCGAACCCGGUGGUGGUGUUGGAGAGUGAGUACAGCAGGAACUUUAAAGCCUCUCCUCCUCCCAGAGGACCACGACUACGCAGCCAUGGAGACGGGGACCAGGUGCCUCUGUUCCAGAGAGAGAAUGUUUCCCCAGAGAAAGCAUCAAAGAGCAAGCGGAAGAAGAAGAGGGAAGAGAGAGAGAGAAAGUCCAGCGUCGUAGCGGAGAACAUUCCAGUUCCACAGCCUCAGGAGCAACGGGCGGACCAGGAAGUGAAGUCACAGAGCCCCCAGAAGGCACAUCUUCCCCACAGAAAGGUGAAAUCAGAGUAUAACGCCAACUUCCGCUCUCCGCUGAACUACAUAUAUAAGGACGGAGCCUGGGUCAAGGCUACCACGGUAGGAGAGGAGGGGCGUGACAGUCAUCAUAGUCACGUUUGGUAUCACGAGGUCCGAGAGCUUCGUAAGAAAGCGGAGGCCUACAGACAGAGGGCGUGGGGGACCCAUUUCUCCCGCCUCCACCUCAACCAGAUCCUGUCGGACCAGAACCAGCUGUGGGAGGCCUCCACCCCUUCCUCCUCUAACCUCAGCUCUGGGACAGGUUCAGGGGACGGGGAGGAAGACGGCAGCAGGAGCCCUACCCCCCAGGCUCUGGAGCUCGCUAGGGUUGACAGUAGCUCCAGCUCCGUAGCCGGACCCCCUCCCCUCACCCCAGUGUCCAGUAGAAGGAGCUCCACCCGGGGGGCUGGAGACACAGCAGGCCUCCCUGGAGCCCCUAACCCUGGAGCCCCUACCCUACCUGUUCAGAGGAGACUAGCCUGGGAGGAGGAGACAGGGGCUGGGGGUGGAACGGGGGAGAAGAGAGAGGAAGAAGAGGACAAGGAGAGAAAGGAUGAGCUGAGGGUGCUGGACCAUCGUUCGUCGUCUGUAGCAGGCUCCCACAGCUCCAGAGAGGGUGGCAGGAUGCCCACACCCACACUGCAAAGGAUCGCUACUGUUCAGAGAACUCACCACGACCUGACUACUCCAGCCACUGGUAAUUUAGGCCUGAGGACGUCUGAGCUGCUGCUGUGUCCUGGUGGGGGCUGUGGAACUGAUGAUGAAGAUGACAGGAUGUCCCAGAUCUCAUCCAGGUCAGCAGCGUCCUGCUCCAUGGCCUCCCAGGUCCUGGACCGAGCCCAGAGGAGGAAGGACCACUUCUGGGGGAAGAGAUAACAGGAAGCACUGACCCCCCCUCACAAUGCAUCCCAAAUGGAACCCUAUUCCCUAUGUAGUGCACUACUGUUAAGAGGAGGAAGGAUUACUUCUGGGGGGAGAGAUAACAGGAAGCACUGACCCCCCCCCCCCUCACAAUGUAUUCCAAAUGGAACCCUAUUCCCUAUGUAGUGCACUACUGUUAAGAGGAGGAAGGGUGACUUCUGGAGGAAGAGAUAAUAGGAAGCACUGACCCCCCCUCACAAUGUAUUCCAAAUGGAACCCUAUUCCCUAUGUAGUGCACUACUGUUAAGAGGAGGAAGGAUGACUUCUGGGGGAAGAGAUAACACCACUGACACUUACUAUGUCCUAAACAGCACCCUAAUCCCUAUGUAGUGCACUACCUUUGUCUCUGAGGGACGAUAUGACAACACUGACACACACUAUGUCCUAAACAGCACCCUAGUCCCUAUGUAGUGCACUACCUUUGUCUCUGAGGGAAGAUAUGACAACACUGACACACAUUAUGUCCUAAACAGCACCCUAUUCCCUAUGUAGUGCACUACCUUAGGCCAGACCCUUGAGAGGAAUAUAUUGGAGACAGGGUGUGAUGUCAACAGUGACAGUAGCAUCACAGCCUAUAGCCCAACCACUGGAGAUAGGAAGACAAUCAAUUGCUAUGGGUUUGUAUAACCAGAGUGUCCAGACUACUAGACUGAAUCUGGCUUUAUAUGACCAGAGUGUCCAGACUACUAGACUGAAUCAGGGUUUAUAUAACCAGAGUGUCCAGACUACUAGGGUGAAUCUGGGUUUAUAUAACCAGAGUGUCCAGACUACUAGGGUGAAUCUGGGUUUAUAUAACCAGAGUGUCCAGACUACUAAGGUGAAUCUGGGUUUAUAUAACCAGAGUGUCCAGACUACUAGGGUGAAUCUGGGUUUAUAUAACCAGAGUGUCCAGACUACUAGGGUGAAUCUGGGUUUAUAUAACCAGAGUGUCCAGACUACUAGACUGAAUCAGGGUUUAUAUAACCAGAGUGUCCAGACUACUAGGGUGAAUCUGGGUUUCUAUAACCAGAGUGUCCAGACUACUAGGGUGAAUCUGGGUUUAUAUGACCAGAGUGUCCAGACUACUAGGGUGAAUCUGGGUUUAUAUAACUAGAGUGUCCAGACUACUAGACUGAAUCCGGGUUUAUAUAACUAGAGUGUCCAGACUACUAGGGUGAAUCUGGGUUUAUAUGACCAGAGUGUCCAGACUACUAGGGUGAAUCUGGGUUUAUAUAACCAGAGUGUCCAGACUACUAGACUGAAUCAGGGUUUAUAUAACCAGAGUGUCCAGACUACUAGACUGAAUCAGGGUUUAUAUAACCAGAGUGUCCAGACUACUAGACUGAAUCUGGGUUUAUAUAACCAGAGUGUCCAGACUACUAGACUAAAUCUGGGUUUAUGUAACCAGAGUGUCUGGGAAACCGUCCCUAUUUGUAUUGAAUUUAGUUCAGAUGUUUUGUAAUAAUGUAUUGAAUGAAGUGUAAAGAACUAAGGUUUGUAGUUAUUUUUAAAUGAUUUAGUAUUUUAUACGGAGAACUACUUUUAUUGUAAUUGAUAUUUUUACUGUAUUAUCAAAUCUGCAUUGUUCAUAUAUUUCUUGAUACAACUAUCCUUGUUGGAACGUGAAUUAUGCACUACCACCGCUACUAUGAAUCAACAUUGAUGCAAUUGAAACAUGUUGUAUAAGUUUGAAAUAGAGAUGCACUGCGUGUUUUGAAUACAACAACUGUUGAAAGGAAAUGAUUAAAUAAAUGUUGGAACAGUCA